AUAAAACUACGCCUCAAAUAUUGUUCAUAACAAAAAUUACUUUUUUCCGAAUCAAAAUUUUUUAUUAAUUUGCGUAACAUUAAUAUAUUAAAUUUUAUAUAUCAUUAUCCUAUAGUGUAUUGUACAGUAUUUAUUCUUUGGAUCAAAAUGGCGAUGGAAGUUAGCUGCUUAACGGAGGUUGAAAGCUUCCGUUCGUACCUGGACAAUUUAUUCUCCGAGAACGACAUCGAGUGUUAUGAGGCUACUAAUAAAAUUAAGAAUUUAAUUAUCGGCUCCAACAAGCAAAAACGUUUCAUUAUUGAGCAAGGAUUCGUUCCUCGUCUGAUUGCACUUGUACAGAAUGAAAGUAAACCAUUGAAUCUUCGACUAAAUGUUGCAAUCAUCAUUGGAUCACUUUCGAAAGGAACUGAAUCAAACGUGCAAGAUCUUGAUAAGUUUGGAACUUCAACUCUUCUCUUGAAUCUCGCAUUGUGUCCCAAUACUAAUCCAAAAAUGAUUGAAAUAUGUUUGAGUGUUAUUAAGACCAGCAUGCAGUAUCCCAGUAAAAUUCGUAACUCUUUCUUUCAACAUUUUGAGGACAUUAAUACUCUGUCAAGGCUAAUCAAACUUGCAUCACCUGACACUUCAAUCAACUGUCAACAAUUUGUUGUGAGCAUUUUACUCUCAUUUUGUGGAUUGUCCCAAGGAAAUGUUUUAUCAGCAAGCAUGAAUUUAUGUCAAGCUGGAGGGAUUCCUUUUUUAGCUCCAUUGAAGUCAAAUGACAGCCAAAUUGUUUACAAAACACUUCCUUGUCUAGCUCGAUUAUGUGCGCCUGAAUUUGAUGAAUCCAUUCGCGCUGAAGCAGCUGAAUCUCUUGCAUAUCUGGCUGAAAUUGAUUCGGAAUUACAGAAACUUGCAGCGAUUAGUAAUCAUCUGAUCAGUAAUUUGACAAAUCUUUUGCAUUGUUCUAAUCAAUCAUCGAAGGAAGCAGCUUUGAAAUGUUUCGCUUCACUUGCUGCGAAUGAUGAAACAAUUCGAAAGCGAAUUAUUGACAUGAGAGGAUUAAUCGACAUUGUACUCGAUGCAUUGAAAGAGGUUGGAAGUGUUCGUGUUGCUGGCGUAAGAUGCUUGCACAGUUUGUCACGUUCAGUUCAGUUGUUGCGAACAACUUUUCAAGAUCAUAAAAUUUGGAAACCUUUGAUGAAUUUAAUUCAUGAUAAACCAUCACCAGAGUUGAUGACAGUUGUGUCAUCGACAAUUUGCAACUUAUUGCUUGAAUUUUCACCAGCUAAGGAGAGCUUGUUGGAUUCCGGUGCGAUUAGCAUUUUAUGUGAAUUGACGAAGAGUCCAAAUGCGGCAUUGAGACUGAAUGGAGCGUGGGCGUUAAUGAAUAUGGCAUUUCAAGCAGAACAACAUGUCAAAACAGAAAUUAUUAACGCACUUGGCACUGACCGUAUUUUUCAGUUGUUAAGUGAUUCUGACACGCGUGUGAUUAUGAAGACUUUAGGCUUGUUACGAAAUCUUCUUUCAAGUACUGUUCAUAUUGAAUCAAUAAUGGCAAGUCAUGCGUCGGAAAUUCUUAAUGCUGUUAUGAUGGUUUUAGAUUCGCCACAGCAUUCAUCGGAAAUCAAGGAACAAGCUCUCUGCAUUGUCGGUAAUCUGGCGGCUGGCGCUCACGAACUUAUCAUGGCUGAUGAGAAAAUUCUCUUAAAACUUAAAGAUUAUUUGAUUGUCGACGAUCAUAAACUACAAACUGGAGCUUUGUUUGCUAUUAAAAAUCUCAUGCACAAAUCAUCACAACAUGAUAAGUUGAAAGAAGUCGGAAUUAUCAUGAAACUUAAUGAGCUUCUCGAAUCAAACUCAACUGAUAUUCAAUUUGAUGAGU